AUGACGGCCACCAAUGGGUGGGUGGGUGCGGGCUCGCGGCUUACCCAGGCAAGCCUUAGCACACUGGAUGAGGUAAUGAAUCUCCGUGACGAUGGGGACAAGGAUGCGAAUGAAUUCGGUAAAGCCGAGCCGUAUCUGUGGGAAUUGAAUGCUGUUCUGGGUGGAUGCCUAGGACCAGCGUGCGCGAGCGCUGGCUGCAAUGGCAGUCGGGCCGUUACGGAAGGGUCGAUGACAAGAAAGUUGCACGCUCGCGGUGGUUCUCCCUGCCUCGUGCUCCAGAGCUCAGGUUGGCCGAGCUUGCCGAGGCGCGCAGAGAAAGAUCAGCCCUCGUCCAGCCGGAAAACUGUGCAAGAAAUUCACACAGUGGAACCACACGGGAACGCUCCUGGCAAAAAUACGGCCUGCUGGGAUGGGCAGACAGCCUUCUCCACGGGAGAGGAGAGGGGUGGAGAGAGAAGAGGAUGGGAGGGGGGGAGGGGCGGGAGUGGUGGUGGUGGUGGUGAUGAUGUUGGCGCUGGUGCUGGUACUGGCGCUGGAUACCGAUCUUGGUGCCGGUCAGUAGCAGCACAGCGGAUGCGCGAUCUGACGUGCCUGGGGAGGGGGUGGCAGCGAGCUACUGGAAUCGCUGGUGACGGCAGCGUUAGGGCAGGCACCAGAUGCAAAGGCGAUGGUGUGGCAGCGACAGCAGCGACAGCAGCAGCCGUGACCUUGGCCUGGCAAUGGACGGGCGAAGGGUGGGAGGGAGGGAGGGGGGCAAGGAAAAGUGACAAGGGCCAAGGGACAGACAGACAGGACAGGGCAUGGGGCAACAACACCGCGCUGACGUUUCCGUACGACGAACGCGUGCUGGCCUGGCCUUGCCCUCGUGCGCGGGCGGGCACACACACACACACACACUCUCUCUCUCUCUCUCUCUCUCUCUCUCUCUAUGCACUCGACGACGGACGACAACGACGACGAGGUGAAAAGAAGAGUGCAGCGAUGCGAUGA